AUGUUGAAGGAAAGAAAUGUGGAUGUUGCAAUGUUUCAAGAAACAAAAAAGUCUCAAAUCUCAGAUGUGGAAGUCAGAACAAUGUGGGCUGGGGAGAAAAUGGAGUUUAUGGGUGUGGGUGCUAAAGGUUCAGCUGGAAGACAGAUUGUUAUGCAUUUAGGAUUUAGAUAUUUUCUAGAUUUUCAGAAUGUUGCAGUAAUAGAAGGUUUAUCAUUAUCUCAGGGAGAAUUAUGGGAAAGACUGGUAAAUUUGAAAGAGAAGUUCCCCAAGCCUUGGUGCCUAGCUGGGGAUUUUAAUGAGAUAAGAAGUAUGGGCGAAAGGAAGGGGUGCUCUAGAAGAGAUAGGGGUACGCAGGAGUUGAAUGAGUUCAUAGACAAAUAUGAGGUAUCUGAUCUACCACUAUUGGGCAGAAAGUUAACAUGGUGCAAUUCAGGAGAUAAGGAAAUGUGGAGUAGAAUAGAUAAGGUCUUAGUUGAUCCAAAAUGGUGGAAAGAGGCUAAUGUAGUGGGUUGGGCUGGGUAUGUAUUACUCAAUAAGUUGAAGACUUUGAAAUUAGGACUCAAAAAAUGGAAUGUGGAGAUAUUUGGGAAUGUGACCAACAAAUUGAAGACAGCAGAGUCAGAUUUGCAUAAAUUUGAUCUCCUGGCUAAAGAUAGAGACCUUACUGACUCAGAAAAAGCAACAAGGAGAUAA